UGAGAGUGCUGUAAAAUUGUCAUAAUCGAAAGUGGAAAGAUUCGGUAGUUUAAAAUAGUGCAAAUAUUAGCCAUUAUAACGAAGGAAAGUGCUGCAUAUUUUGUGCACUCAGUUUAGUGUUAGAAAGGAUAGUUAAAUGUGUAAAAUGCAAUCAUCGAACAGCUCGCCAUCUAACUCGCCUCCAAUGGAGACACGAUUUUCUAAUAUGAAUGCGCCAACAGCUUCAAGUCGAAUCCUUUAUCAUAUUCCUUGUAAAGUGUGCCGCGACCAUAGUUCUGGCAAACACUAUGGCAUUUACGCUUGCGACGGAUGUGCGGGAUUUUUCAAACGAUCAAUUCGCCGGAACCGUCAAUAUGUCUGCAAAGCACAUAAUCAAGGACGUUGUGUAGUCGACAAAACCCAUCGAAAUCAGUGCCGAGCCUGUCGACUUAGAAAGUGUUUCGAAGUUGGUAUGAACAAAGAUGCAGUACAACAUGAGCGAGGUCCACGUAAUUCAACACUUCGAAGACAAAUCAGUAUCUGAUUACCGAUGUCUCCAUUUGGUGCUCCACCAUUUGUGUUAGAUCUCUCGAUUCCCAGGAUUCCACAUAUUCCACCACCUUCAAUAUUUGCUCAUCCAGGUCUACUUCCGCCUCCUCCAACAUUCCUACCGCCACGACCACCUCCACCACCACCACCUCCAAAUAGUAACGAACUAAGCCUUCAAGAGGUUGCGGCUGAACAUCUGUUCCGUAAUAUUCAGUUAACAAAACACAUGGGAGCUUUCACGGAUCUUUGUGUUGCUGACCAACUACUUCUGAUUGAAGGGAGCUGGAAAGAACUAUUCAUCCUUUCAAUAGUCCAGUACAUGAUGCCUAUGAAAUUCCAAAAGCUUCUGCAAACAUACAUAGCAGAGAAGGGCUACCAUAUCUACACGCACCAAUUGACUAAGGAUGUAGAAACUAUCGACCAAAUUGUGAACCAUAUUGUCAACCUCAAUUUAACUCCGCAAGAGUUUGAUUACCUCCGAGCGAUAAUCGUUUUCCAGAAAGCAUACAACGAUCGCAUAAUUUCUUCCACUUUUCAUAGGAAGGAUCAUCCUUCGGUCUCAGCUCUCAUGGCUUUGCGGGAGGCCGUGAAGGUUGAAGGGAUGUACGAUGAAGCUCGUGCGAACCUUAUGAACUACUUGAUAGACACCCGAGCAGGAGAGAUGCGUUACAAUGAUAUUGUCCGACUAAUUCCAUAUCUUCGGGCUGCACCGCUGUACACCAUUGAAGAAUUAUUUUUCAGGAAAAGCAUUGGAAAUACAACUAUUAUGAGGCUCAUUACGGAUUUGUAUAUUACUAAAAAGCUGUAG